AUGUCUCGGGACCAUGGCCAUGUAGAGACUGGCCGGGCAGCAGAGCAGCUGCCUUGGCUUGGCCAUGAGACAGAUGGGGACACGGACCUGGUGGAAGACGACCUCUCGUGCUCGUCGUCGUCGUCGUCGUCCAUAGCCGUAGGCAGUCCAAGUACACCACCUUCCUGGAAACAGCAACAUGCCCAAACCUGGCAAUCGCGCAGCUUGUACCGAUUCGGCCUCUACGCGCUCUUGCUUCUCCUCACCGUGUUCUCGCUGGCCGGUCAUGUGUUGAGCUUUCCUCCCAGAACGACUCAAGAGCUGGGGCAGGAAGACGCACCUCUGUCUGACCAGAGUAAAGGCCAUCAUCUAGAUUCCGGUGCGCAAAUCACCUCGGAGCCGGUUGUGCAGCUUCACGACACAAUCCCUCCUGCUCCCCGUUUGAGACGAGGCUCUGAAUACGUCUUGACACCGUCGUGGAACUACGCGUCGGGUCCCGUGGUUCGAGUGUACAACUGGACCAUUGCGCACGCCGAGUUGAACCCCGAUGGCGUCUACCGACCCAUGAUGCUCAUCAACAACCAGUUCCCCGGCCCCCUGGUGGAAUGCAACGACGGCGAUACCAUCACUGUUCAUGUGCAAAACAAGGCUGCAAACGCCACCUCGAUUCACUUCCACGGUUUGUUUCAAAACGGCACCAACCACAUGGACGGCGCUGUCGGGGUGACGCAAUGUCCCAUUGCCCCCAACUCAACCUUUACGUACACCUUUCGUGUCCUUGGUCAAUCGGGUACCUACUGGUAUCAUGCCCAUCACAGUGCCCAAGCGUCAGAUGGAUUGUUUGGGCCUGUCGUCAUUCAUUCCAAGGACGAGCGCACACUGCAAGAGCUGGAAUAUGCAACUGACAGAAUCAUCAUGGUCCAGGACCAUUAUCACAACACCACGGCAGAACUAUUGACCGACUAUCUCCAACCCGACAAGGAAAACAAUGAGCCGGUCCCGGAUAAUCCACUCAUCAACGGUCGCGGAAUGCAAAGGUGCCGAGACUUCAGAGGCUGGCGGUGCGACAGCAGUAGCAACACCAGCCGGUCUGUUAUCGACCUUGCCGCUGGCCAACGCCAUCGCAUGCGCUUCAUCAACGUCGGCGCCUUUGCCGAGUUUCAGAUUCAAAUUGACGAACAUCCCUUUUACAUCACAGAAGUCGAUGGGACCGACGUCCACCCGGAGCCCUUUCAUCGCCUCAACAUAUUACCAGCGCAGCGCUACAGCAUCAUCGUGGAAGCAAACGCCACCACGCAAGAUGCCUAUUGGCUCCGAGCCAGAAUGGUUUCGCGGUGCUUUACAACACGAAAUAAACGACUCCAGAGCGAAAUCAGAGCCAUCGUGCGAUACGCCUCGCCCGAGUCCAAGGCAUCGACUCGGGAGCCCAAGAGCAAAGAUUGGCCCGACGUCGCCGAGGUUGUCUGCAGGGACCUCAACACCUCGGCCUUGCACCCUGUCCAGCACGCAGCCCCUCCACCGGCAGACGACUUUGUCAUUCUUCGAGCCAACUUUCAGAUCGGGGCCUGGGCCUUAUCUCGAGGCUUCUUCAACGACUCGUCGUGGCGUCCAAACGUGACUCACCCGUCCCUGCAUCGAUUUCUCGACGCUGGGGCGAGACUCGCCUCCCCUGACGCUCCUGUGGCUGUCAACGACAGGGUGUUUGAAAGGAGCCGCGAGUUGGUGUUGCAGACCAAGGGCAUUCGCACGCUCGACAUCUCCAUCAACAACUUUGACGACGGCGCUCACCCGUUCCAUCUACACGGCCACAAGUUCUUCGUCAUGGCGCAAGGCCGAAGCGGAUAUCCCCCUACGGCCGCGAACCUUGACCAGCACAUGAAAGAACACGGCGGCUGGCCUGACAACCCUCUGCGCAGGGACACCGUCACGGUCGAGCCUUAUGCCUGGGCAAUAGUGCGCGUUGUCCUGGACAAUCCUGGGCUGUGGGCCCUGCACUGCCAUAACCGGUGGCACUCCGAGUCGGGCAUGGCGAUGCAGGUGCUCGCCCGGAGCGAGGUGGUCAGUACGUGGAGGGUUGACCCGCAGCACAGAGCCAUGUGCGGCUUCAGGGGAGUCGCAUCCGGCACGCGGCCGGACGACGACACAUGGUCUGGCAGCUUUUAG